AUGAAAAGCAAAACAAAUACUCUCACUCUUAAAAGUUUUUUUCGUCGUUCACAACGAGCAACUUCGUUGAGAAUAAAAAUGAAAAAGUCUUUUGCAAGAAGCAGCAUUGGCUCUUCAACAUAUUCAGCUAUACCACAGGUUAUUCAUCAUACAUCUGAUCAAUCGCUGAUUACAAAUGAACGUGUACAAAAUAUUCUUGCUUAUCAUCGCAAACUACCAAGUCUAUUUCCUAACGUCUCUUCACAUAUUGAUCGGCACGUUGCAUUAUCAUCUACGUCCAAUAAUAUUUUUAGUUCAAAAUCUUCAAAUGUUCUUGAUAAAAAUAUCAAUAAUGCUCAACAGCAUAUGAUCCCACUUGAUUCAGAAGAUUUAGAUGAUAAUGAUGUUGAUUGGCAAUCAAUAACUUCUGAAGAAGAACAAAAUAUUGAUGAAUUAUCUGAGAACAGCAACGAGGUGCAGUCUGAUCAAAAUUUUUGUAGUUAUAAGAAAGGUCAAUCAUCAUCACCAUCAUCAUCAUCAAACAGCUGCAGUACAAGUUCUGAAGAUGAGGAAGAGGAAACCAGCUCGAACCAUUCUCGUACACACACUACUCUGGAAAUAGCUGUACUUCUUUCAUUAUUUCGACAUCGUCAUCAACUAUCCAAAUCGUCCAUCACAGAUAUUUGUCGUUUAUUACGUCUACUUGGUGUAAAAAAUGUUCCAGCUGAUUACAGAUCGAUAUAUCGAUUAGUAAACCCACUUGGCACAUUAAAAUUUCUACCAAAACUUGCGGUUGUCUGUCCAACAUGUUACAGACUUAGUAUGGAUACAGAAAAAUGUUCAGUUUCAAGUUGUACUAGCCAUCCUGGAUAUGUUCGAGCACCAACUGUUAACUAUAUGUUCACACUUAGUGAACAAAUCAAAUCCAUUUUAGAACGUAUGCCUUUGGUACACACCGGAACAAACGAUGGUGAUAUGACUGAUGUUGUAGAUGGACUUGCACAUUCACGUAUUCGUGAAAUGGAAAAAUCCCCCUUCAUCACUUUAACUCUCAAUUCUGAUGGUGUUUUGGUUCAGAAAAUUUCACGUUCAUUAUGGAUAACUACCAUUGUAAUUAAUGAAGUUCCACGUGAUAUUCGUUUUCAAUUACCUAAUAUGAUUAUUGGAAUGAUUUCUUAUGGUUCACAAAAACCCAAACGAGCUGAGUUUCAGCCAUUGUUAGAUAUUCUAGUUGAUCAAUUAAUUGAAUUAGAAGAUGGUAUCGAUGUAUGUUUACCAUCAUCAAAUGAUACUCGUUCUUCAUCAAGUCUUAUUGUUAGUCGUGUUGCUGUGUAUUUACUUGGAAUUGUUUCAGAUAAACCAGCUCAAUCCAUCAUCCAGAAUAUGAUUGAUAGUGGGGGUUUUUAUGGAUGUGGCAAAAGUGUUCCUGCAGGAAAGGGACACAUUCGUUGUUUUCCACUUGAUCCAAUAAAUCCACCUGAUCUUCGUUCGAACCACACCUACGAUGCAGCUAUGAAAGUUUUAGAAAAAAAUAAAAAACAACGUACACGUCGUAAUUCGUUAACAGGUGCUAACAAUGACGAAGCUAAGGGACAUGUUGGUCCGUGUGCAUUGAGAAGACUUCGUUUUUUUGAUAUGGGACAAUCAUUUUUAACAGAUUCUUUACACAACUUAUAUUCUGGAACAUUCCUCAAACUACUUAAAAUUUGGCUAGAAUUACCAUCUGAUAGAAAAAACACAACAAUUAGUAUGAGUAUUUUUAAUCAACGAAAAGAAGUUGAAAUUGCUUUUAAUGCAAUUCUUUUUCCGACUUCCACUUAUCGAGUACCGAGAUAUCUGCAAUACUAUCAUCAGCACAAAGGGAAUGAAUUAAGGUUGUGUCUUCUAAUGGGUUAUAAUUGUUUUCAACUUGCAUUAAACAAUAAUCAGUACAAACAUUUACAAGCAUUAGCCUUUUCUCUUCAUUUGGCAGAAGCAAGAAAUAUCGACGAGGAAAUGAUCAAGAAAAUUGAUGCAUUGCUCAAGUACUUCAAUCAAGAAUUCGAAUAUUUAUACACAAAACGACAUAUCGUAUCGGUCGUACAUUCGGUUGCUCAUGUUGCUUCAUCCGUUCGUGAAUAUGGUCCGAUUAUGAACUAUUCCACAUUCAAUUUUGAAUCACUUAUUGGUACACUUGUUCGAACAGUUCGUGAUCCAAGUCAACCAUCAAGUGAAAUUUGUUAUAAUCUUGAGCUACUUCAUCAUAGUUGGCUUGAAUUUGAUAAAAAGAAUUUCUUACCUUCAUUUAAGCUCUUCAUUAAUCAAAUAAAUUCCUCCGCGAAGCAAGCACGUCGACGUUUUACCAACAACUACUUAUCUCCAGAUAUUCAUUUUCAUCAACGCAUUCGACCAUUUUAUAUCAUUGAUUCAUAUAUUAUAAGCCGGCCAUACGAAUUAUAUCGGACAAUCUUUUACAAUGGACUGCGAUUAUCUCACAAAAAACUUCCAACUACCAGUCGAACACAUGAUGGAUGUCUCCUUUAUCAUGAUUCAGAUGAUACAACCAAACUGCGGAUUGGUUUUCUUCGUUGUGCAGUAAAAUUAAUCGAUAUUAAACAAAAUAAUGUUAUGCUGUUUAUCGAACAAGCUAAGAUAAUAUCGGUUGCUGAUACUGUAUGUAUUAAUGAUAUACAAUAUGAAUGUACCAAUGUGUUGCAAGGCUAUCUCUGCUCAGUACCUCAAUUUGUCUUAGUCAAACCUCAACAAAUUAAAGAAAAACUUGCUUUUCGUGUUCAUGACGCAUUAACACCAAACAAGUUUUUCUUCUAUCGAUACCCAAAUUUUUCUGAGAGCACAUGA